GAAAGGGAAGAAGAGAAGAGGAGGAUCGCAGCAGGGGUGAAAGGAAGAGACGCCAAGAGGUUUAUCCAGCCGACUCUGGAUUCGUCUCCGGCGUGCGCAGGAAUGGCGGCGCUGCCCGGCGCGGUCCCCAGGAUGAUGAGACCCGGCCCGGGGCAGAACUACCCGCGCACCGGCUUCCCCCUGGAAGUGUCCACCCCUCUUGGCCAAGGCCGGGUCAAUCAGCUUGGUGGGGUCUUCAUCAACGGGCGACCCCUGCCGAACCAUAUCCGGCACAAGAUAGUGGAAAUGGCCCACCACGGCAUCCGGCCCUGCGUCAUCUCCCGUCAGCUCCGCGUAUCCCAUGGCUGUGUCUCCAAGAUUCUGUGCCGGUACCAGGAGACUGGGUCCAUCCGGCCCGGGGCCAUCGGUGGCAGCAAGCCCAGACAGGUGGCGACUCCGGAUGUGGAGAAAAAGAUUGAGGAGUAUAAGAGGGAGAACCCCGGAAUGUUCAGCUGGGAAAUCCGGGACCGGCUGCUGAAGGACGGCCACUGUGACCGCAGCACGGUGCCCUCAGGUUUAGUGAGUUCGAUUAGCCGAGUGCUCAGAAUCAAGUUCGGGAAGAAAGAGGACGAUGAGGAAGGAGACAAAAAGGAAGAAGAUGGCGAGAAGAAAGCCAAACACAGCAUCGAUGGCAUCCUGGGCGACAAAGGCAACCGUCUUGAUGAAGGCUCGGACGUGGAAUCAGAACCCGACCUCCCACUGAAGCGUAAGCAGCGUCGCAGUCGGACCACAUUCACGGCUGAGCAGCUGGAGGAGCUGGAGAAGGCUUUCGAGAGGACCCACUACCCGGACAUCUACACCCGGGAGGAGCUGGCACAGAGGACCAAGCUCACGGAGGCACGCGUCCAGGUCUGGUUCAGUAACCGUCGUGCGCGCUGGCGCAAGCAGGCAGGCGCUAACCAGCUGGCCGCCUUCAACCACCUUCUGCCGGGAGGUUUCCCACCCACUGGUAUGCCCACGCUGCCACCCUACCAGCUGCCGGACUCUGCCUAUCCCACCACCACCGUCUCCCAAGAUGGGGGCAGCACAGUACACAGGCCCCAGCCCCUUCCGCCAUCAACCAUGCAUCAGGGUGGGCUGGCUGCGGCCGCUGCAGCAGCUGACAGCAGCUCUGCCUACGGAGCCCGCCACAGCUUCUCCAGCUACUCGGACAGCUUCAUGAACCCCGGGGCCCCCUCCAACCACAUGAACCCCGUCAGCAAUGGCCUGUCUCCUCAGGUGAUGAGCAUUCUCAGCAACCCGAGUGCUGUGCCUCCACAGCCCCAGGCCGACUUCUCCAUCUCCCCGCUGCAUGGAGGUCUGGACUCUGCCUCCUCCAUCUCAGCCAGUUGCAGCCAGCGGGCCGACUCCAUCAAGCCAGGAGACAGCUUGCCCACCUCCCAGUCUUACUGCCCACCCACCUACAGCACCACGGGCUACAGUGUGGACCCUGUGGCUGGUUACCAGUACAGCCAGUACGGUCAAACUGCUGUUGAUUACCUGGCCAAAAACGUGAGCCUGUCUACACAGCGCCGUAUGAAGCUCGGGGAACACUCCGCGGUGCUGGGACUUCUUCCUGUGGAGACGGGACAAGCCUACUAGGGUCCCUGGGGCAACUUGCCCUAUCCAGUGACCCAGCUUAGCCCUUCCCAAACCCUGAGUCUCCUCCCCUUAUCCCCCUGGGGUCGCAGGAGGCCAGGGAAGAAACCCUCUCCCUUCCUACAGGCAGCCCUCUGGAGACGGACAACCAGUGCGCCAAUCACUCAUGGUUAAUGACCUAGAUUGGCUUUCUGCCUCCCCCUCUUUCUCCAGAGGGGUUCCUCACCAUUCUGCAGUGACCUCCAGCUCAGACCCACCUCCUAGUGUCAUGGCCUUGGUCCUGUCUCAGUGUAGAGAUUGAGACUCAAGUUGAACCAAGCACCUAGCUAUCAGAGGAAAAUGGUGCCAAAGACAAGGCCCUGGAGUCUUUGACCUCUGAGUCCUGGGUGCCCGGCCACAGGUGCAGGUGGAGCUCAUGGGUGUCCUCAGUCACAGAGCUGGGAGCUCUCUCUUGCUUGGCAUCAGCACUGCAGUCCCUUUCACUGGACACUGACAUGAGUCCCAAGGGCGUUCCCAAGGGAGAAAGCAGGAAACAUCUCAGCUUUACCUGGGAAUCCAGAGGACUUUGGGACUGUCCCUAUGCACCCUGCUGCAAAUCAGGAGACCAGGAAUUCUAGCAGAGGGUAGGGUGCACAGAGCUUGCUGGCCAUGAGCUAUCUCAGAAUGCCUGGUCUCAGGUCCAGCAGCAGGAGGUGCAGGACUCCUAAGUUGCAAUCUGACAGAGGCUUGCCCACCGUACCAGGUCUAGGCAGCCCACAGAACCUGUCAGUCUCCUCAACUGGUAGGAGAAGAGAAGGUCUUGAGGUGACAGGAGGCAGGAGGUGGGCUCAGACAGUCUGAGUUGAGCUUUCAAGUCUGCACCCCUAGAGUUCUGCACACCAUCUUGCUGGCAGCUGGGAACCUGCCUCAUGCAUGCUGGUCCCCUGAAAAGGGGGCCUCCAUCUUCCAGCAUGUAAGGCUCUUGAUGCCACUGGAUGCAGAGAGCCUUCUCGGACCAGACAAAAUUAUUGAUCCACACCAGAGAAGAUGCUCCCCAUCUCCUUGGCAUCGCCUUGUCUCUGUCCUUUUCGGAGUAGCAUUUUUCAAUGUUGGUUGCUCAGUCAGGAGGCUUCUGUCGCCUCACGAGGCAUAGUGCGCCUUGGGCCACCACCCACCCCCUGGCAGAGGAAGAUGCCAGAAGUCCCAGCAAUGAGGACAAGGCGCCUUCCUUAAACACUCCAGAGUCUUCCUUGCACUCCCGCCCUCUCUUAGAGCUGGGUCUUUUGGGGUAAAUGGAUUGCUGAGGCCCCUGAUUCUCUCCUCUGUGGAGGUCUUUAUCACCAUCUAUUUAUCAAGAUUACAUCCACUUUGACCUUCUCCCUCGCUAUAACCUCCACUUGGGCCAUCCUCAUCCAGUGCUAGGAUCCCACAGCACCAAAUCCAGGAUCCCUGGGCCUGAUUGCUUGUUGCCACCAUGCACACGAGACCACCUGCUGACGCAGUCCAUGCCUCCUGGCCUCAGCCAUCGAGACAUUCCUAGAGAGAUGGGCUAUGGGCUCAAAAGCCCUGACUUCCUUUUGACUGGGGACCUGAACCGGCAAGAUGCUGGGACACUCGUCUACAUGAACAUGUGACCAAUGUAUCUCAUCUCUAGAGCCAUCAUCUGAAGCCUAUUCCAAGCUGUGACUGGGAUGGCUUGUAUCUGUGGUUUAGAGAAGCCUAUUCGUAACUGGGAGGAAACUGGCUCUCUGGCAUCCUGGAGCACCAGACAUAUAGAGCUUAUCCGUUCAGUCCAGGCUUCAAGGAAGACUUUUGGGCUCUUCAAGGUCUGGACAAGAGGGAAGCCAUGUUGCCCCCCUUGGAAACCCAGAUUCUCCUUUUGAAGUUCUUAUAGCUGCAAGCACCUCUUUCAGAAGACCAAAUGCAUCUUCCUCCACAUUCCUUGCCCCUUGGAGGCCUGGCUCUGGAUACACCUGAGUCUCCUUUCACCAAGUAUGCUUCAGGACCAGGGACCUCAAGCAGGUGACAUCCACAGGGCCCAGUCUCAGCCCCAGGAGCAACAUUCCAAUGCUUGGACCAAUCACAAUGAUCUGCCCACAAGGGUAACCGCAACCAGAGACCUGCUUGCGAGAAAAUGAAAUGACUUCUCAUUCCAUGCAACGUCUCUGAAUGCUCCCCCAAGCCGCCAUCUUGGUAUAAAAUGGGACUUGUGUUCUGAGGGGCCCUUGACCCCAACAGAUUUCCCCAACCGUCUCAUGCUUUUGUGAAUCUGUCCACCUUGAUCUGUAAAACUCAGCCUUGUUGGGGCAACUUGCAACUGCACCAUUGAGGUGAUGAAGGUUAGGCGAGAGGUACCAGGCCUCUCCCCUGUCCCUCUGGGGUUGAGCACAGCCUACAAAGGCCGAUUUCCAGUGGCCAGGCUGGAUCAGAAACAGCCCCCACCCCAACUCCUGUAAAUAGAAUCAAUAGUAAGAUAAGAGGGGUGCCCUCCAUGUCACCUCAAGUAGCUACUGGUUCUUCUGUGGGGGCCCCUCUGAACUUAUUGUAUGGUAGUUGAUGUGACGUCGUGCCGUUUGUUUAUAGAACAUUGGCUUUUUAUAUAUAAAUCUAUAUACUUAAAAACAAAACAAAAACAAAAAAAUGGAAAGAAACCCCCACAGUGCGUGUCGUGCUAGUGCCAGGGAUCAUCUGUAGGGAUCUCACUGUGUGUUUGGGUUACGAAUUCCAGCCUCUCUUUGAUUCCUUCUUCUUUUUCCCUUUGUCAUUUCCCUACUCCCAAUUUGGCUUUUCUCUCUUGCUAUGAAAUUGAAAGAGAAGGCUUCAAGAGCCAAGCAUCUACUCCUUUAUACUCGUUUUAACUUUGCCCUUCUUUUAGGGGACCAGGAAGGAACGAGCACAGGAAACAGACAUUGGGAAGCAAGAGGGUAGGAGAGAAAAGUGAGGGGAGGAGCUGGCCGGGGAGACAGGAGAGCAGGGCAGUUUCACAGCCAGAUGAUGGGUGCAGCCCAGGACGGAGGCUGGAUUGGUAUCUGCACCAGAGUCGGGCAUUGUUUUGCAUGGAAAUCGUAGAAGGUUCUAAGACGUGGAACUAAGGGACUCCACAGUUGCCAACUAAAAAGACUGUGCAAGUCCUCUAUGAGACUCAUUCUUCCCAGGCUCCUGGAAAUGUCUCUCCCUGCUGGAUGCUUCUCUAGGCUACACAGCAUCCUCACCUUCUACAGAAGACGCACCAAGCCAAGACCAAAUGGGGGUAUGUGGGCUGCCGCGUUGAAAUGCUUCGAGAUACCUGUGCGUUUAAUGUUUCCUCUGUCUACACGGACCUGGGCAGCCCCCAGCUGGGAGAAUACCACACUGUGCUGGAGAACAUUCCUUCUACCUAGUGACUGCAACAUUGUUGCUUCAGUGUUUGGCUCAGCCAUUUCUCUCCAGGCAAAGUGAGUGUGUGUGCAUGAGGGGUGUGAGUGGAAUGUGCGUGUGUGGGCGGGUGUCUAAAUAUAACCGCACCAUAAUUUAUUCAGCUAUAUGGAGUAGUAGACUAGAAAGACAAACUGGUAUUUGCUUUAACUACCUGCUGCUUGUAAGCGCUGCCUCUGUAACUCAGGCGUAACUGUUACACAUUAAAAGAAAUUAAAAAAAAAAAAAAA